AUGUUUCUGUGCGUGCUUGUCAACAUCAAUAAAAAGGAUAUCUUCACAAUGGGAUGUAGGCUGGAGUUAACAGGUUUUCUGACUCUUUUCUAAAUUAUCACAAGUUACAUCGAUAUAUAUCGUUAUAUACAGUAUAGCUUGGAAACUUUCGGCACAGAUCCAGGUACUGUUACAUGUCUAGUCACAACAGUACUACAAGGAACACAAUGUGAAUGUAUUACUACUAUUCGUCAAAGAGGAUCGAAUUGUGCACUCGAAACAAUUCUUCAUUGAGUUUGCCGUGCGUAUUGGAGAAGUAUUCAUAUGUUCGUUUCGAUAUAUUUAGUCAACGGUGGAAACAACAUUUGUGGAUCAAGAUGUUACCGCGGUACAAACCAAGUCCGAGCUCCACCAUGUCCUUGGCUUUCUGUGGUAAUGACAACAAUUCUGCUGCUUACAAUGUAGACAAGGGAGUGCUUAACAACGGUUGCUUUUUGGAUGCUCUCACCGUGGUUCCCCAUGUGUUCCUGCUGUUUAUAACCUUCCCUAUAUUAUUCAUUGGAUGGGGGAGUCAAAGUUCAAAGGUACACAUUCAUCACAGCACGUGGCUGCACUUCCCCGGCCAUAAUUUACGAUGGAUCCUGACGUUCAUUCUGCUGUUUGUGCUGGUGUGUGAGAUUGCAGAGGGCAUUGUGUCAGAUGGGUGUACAGAGUCCCACCAUCUGCAUCUUUACAUGCCUGCUGGACUGGCAUUCAUGGCUGCAAUCACAUCCAUUGUCUACUAUCACAAUAUUGAAACCUCGAACUUCCCCAAGUUGUUGCUGGCUCUUCUAGUCUACUGGAUCUUAGCCUUUGUCACAAAGACCAUCAAGUUUGCCAAGUACUGCGAGCAUGGGAUUGGACUGACCCAGCUGCGCUUCUGCAUCACAGGGCUGCUGGUGCUGCUCUAUGGGAUGUUGCUGGCUGUGGAGAUGAAUGUCAUUCUAGUGCGGCGCUAUGUGUGUUUCAAACACCCCACAGAGGUCAAGCCUCCUGAAGAUCUGCAGGACCUGGGCGUGCGCUUCCUGCAGCCCUUCGUCAACCUCCUGUCAAAGGGCACCUACUGGUGGAUGAACACGUUCAUCACCUCUGCACACAGGCGGCCCAUUGACCUAAAGGUGAUCGGCAAGCUGCCUAUCGCAAUGAGGGCCCUCACUAACUACAUGGUCCUAAGGAAAGCUUUUGAAGCACAAAAGAAAAAGGGCUCCUCAUACCCGCAGGGGCCAAAGUCAAUCUGGGGGGCCCUGCGCCACGCCUUUGGAAGGCCCCUCAUUCUCAGCAUCACAUUCCGCUUCCUGGCAGACCUGCUGGGGUUUGCUGGGCCACUCUGCAUCUCCGGAAUCGUGCACCACAUCAGCAAGGACAACAAGACCAUCAUCCCUCCAGUGAAACUUCUGGGAGCGUAUUUCAUUUCUUCCCAAGAGUUCCUGGCCAAUGCCUAUGUCCUGGCUGUUCUUCUGUUUUUUGCCCUUCUCCUCCAAAGGACAUUUCUCCAGGCAUCCUAUUAUGUGGCGAUUGAAACAGGGAUUAAUCUGAGAGGAGCAAUACAGACAAAGAUCUACAAUAAAAUCAUGCGUCUUUGCACUUCAAACAUGUCAAUGGGAGAGAUGACAGUGGGACAGAUUUGUAACCUGGUUGCCAUAGAUACAAAUCAGCUGAUGUGGUUCUUCUUCCUCUGCCCUAACCUCUGGGCUAUGCCAUUUCAGAUUAUUGUCGGAGUGAUUCUGCUCUACUACCUCCUGGGAAUAAGUGCCUUGAUUGGAGCCACAGUGAUCGCAGUCCUGGCACCAGUACAGUACUUUGUGGCCACCAGACUGUCCCAAGCACAGAAAAGCACUUUAGAGUAUUCCAGUGAACGGCUGAAAAAGACCAAUGAGCUUCUGAGAGGGAUCAAGCUCCUGAAGCUGUACGCCUGGGAGCACAUUUUCCAUGACAGUGUGGAAGAGACGCGACAGAAAGAGCUGACCAGUCUCAAAGCCUUUGCUCUUUACACUUCCAUCUCCAUUUUCAUGAAUGCAGCAAUACCAAUCGCAGCAGUACUUACUACCUUUGUGGUUCACGUGCACCUGUCUGAGGAUGCUGACCUGUCUCCUGCUGUGGCCUUUGCUUCCCUCUCCCUCUUCCACAUCCUGGUGACCCCGCUCUUCCUUCUCUCCAGUGUGGUGCGCUCUACUGUCAAAGCUCUCGUCAGUGUGCAGAAACUCAGCGAGUUCUUCUCCAGUGAAGAAAUUGGGGAGGAGCAUGACCUCAAGGCGACAGUUCCGCAGAGCUCUGGCAAUCACAACAAAUACCAGGCUGUGCCACUAAAGGUUGUGAACCGCAAACGGCCGGCCAGGGAUGAGUGGAACAGCUUCAGCUCCCAGAGGGAUAGAGACACCCCCACCACUGACGAGCGAGAGGACGUCUACAUCAAGAUAACAAAUGGAUACUUCACCUGGAUGCCAGAUGGAUCACCCACAUUGUCCAACAUAGACAUAAAGAUCCCCUAUGGUCAAUUGACAAUGAUUGUGGGACAGGUGGGCUGUGGGAAAUCCUCACUGCUUCUUGCUGCACUUGGAGAAAUGCAGAAGAUUUCAGGGAUUGUUUACUGGAACAGCAGUCUUUCCAGUCAUGAUUCAGAGGGGGAUGAAAGCACUACAGAGAGAGACACAGCUGGAGAGGCAGACGAAAGGAAAAGAGGUUCUGUAGCCUAUGCCUCCCAGAAGCCUUGGCUUUUAAAUGCUGCUGUGGUAGAAAACAUCAUCUUUGAGAUGCCCUUCAACAAACAGAGGUACAAAACAGUCAUCGAAGCUUGCUCACUCCAGCCAGACAUUGACAUCCUACCACAGGGAGACCAGACACAGAUUGGAGAACGGGGUAUCAAUCUAUCAGGGGGACAGAGACAACGCAUCAGUGUGGCCAGGGCACUGUACCAGCAAACAAAUGUGGUCUUCCUGGAUGAUCCGUUCUCAGCCCUGGACAUCCACUUGAGUGACCACCUCAUGCAGGAGGGAAUACUGAAGCUGCUGAGAGAGGAGAAGAGAACAGUGGUUCUUGUUACUCACAAAUUACAGUAUCUUCCUCAUGCAGACUGGAUUAUUGCUAUGAAGGAUGGCACGAUUCAGAGAGAGGGGACACUGAAAGACAUUCAGAACUCGGAGCCAGAGCUCUUUGAACACUGGAAAACCCUGAUGAACAGACAGGACCAAGAGCUGGAAAAGGAGACUGUGGCCGAGAGUAAAACAGUGCUUGAGCGAAAGAACUUGAGGCGUGCCAUGUACUCUAGAGAAGCCCUCAUGAAAACAGAAGAAGAAGAUGAAGAGGAGUCCACAGAGAGUGACGAUGAAGAUAACAUGUCUUCAGUGCUCCGACACAGAGCCACCAUACCCUGGCGAUCGUGUGGGACCUAUCUGAGCUCUGCCGGCAUACUGCUCCUCCCUCUCCUGCUGCUCUCCCAGCUCUUUAAGCACUCUGCCAUGCUGGCAACCGACUACUGGCUGGCCAAGUGGACCUCUGAUGUCAUCACACUAAAAAACGAUGCAAACGGGAAGAACUGCAGCACCACCCAGGAGUGCGGAUUCAGUCACUCCUCGUACUCCACGGUGUUCAGCAUUCUGUGCUGCCUGGGGAUCGUCCUGUGCCUCGUCACCUCGGUGGCAGUCGAAUGGACUGGCCUUCGCGUUGCCAAGGAGCUGCACCACAGUCUGCUAAACAAGAUCAUCCUGGCACCAAUGAGGCUCUUCGAAACAACUCCCCUUGGAAACAUUCUGAACAGAUUCUCCGCUGAUACUAACACUAUUGACCAGCACAUCCCUGCCACUCUGGAGUGCCUGAGCCGCUCCACCCUGCUGUGCGUGUCCGCGCUGGCCGUCAUCUCCUACGUCACGCCUGUGUUCCUGAUUGCGCUCGUGCCGCUCGCCAUCGCCUGCUACUUCAUCCAGAAGUAUUUCCGAGUGGCCUCCAGGGAUUUGCAACAGUUAGAUGACAGCACACAGCUCCCCUUGCUCGCCCAUUUCUCUGAAACGGUAGAAGGUCUGACAACUAUACGUGCUUUCAGGUACGAGGCAAAAUUCAGACAGAAGCUUUUGGAAUAUACAGACGCCAACAACAUUGCCUCUCUCUUCCUUACAGCAGCCAAUCGCUGGUUAGAAGUUCGGAUGGAGUAUAUUGGUGCCUGUGUGGUUCUGAUUGCAGCUGUAGCCUCCAUUACCAACUCGCUUUACAACCAGCUGUCUUCUGGACUCGUAGGACUGGGUCUGACAUAUGCUCUCAUGGUGUCUAAUUAUCUCAACUGGAUGGUGCGCAAUCUUGCAGACAUGGAGGUACAGCUUGGGGCUGUGAAAAGAAUCAAUGGGCUCUUGCAGGUAGAGCCUGAGAACUACGAAGGCCUCCUCUUGGCAUCCCAAAUUCCUGCAAACUGGCCCCACCAAGGAGAGAUCCAGAUCCAGAAUCUGAGUGUGCGCUACGACAGCACACUGAAACCUGUUUUGAAGCACGUCAAUGCGCACAUCUCACCUGGACAAAAGGUUGGAAUAUGUGGGCGAACUGGAAGUGGAAAAUCUUCAUUUUCUUUAGCCUUUUUCAGAAUGGUUGACACAUUCGAAGGACGGAUUGUCAUUGAUGGAAUAGAUAUUGCUAAGCUGCCUUUACAGACUCUCAGAUCCAGAUUCUCAAUUAUUCUUCAAGACCCAAUUUUAUUCAGUGGCACAAUCCGGUUUAAUUUGGAUCCAGAGAGAAAGUGCACAGACAGCAUGCUUUGGGAAGCUCUGGAAAUAGCCCAGCUCAAGCCUGUGGUGAAGGCUUUGCCUGGAGGCUUAGAUGCAAUGGUGACGGAAGGAGGAGAGAACUUCAGCCUGGGGCAACGUCAGCUGUUCUGCUUGGCACGAGCAUUUGUGCGGAAGAGCAGCAUUUUGAUCAUGGAUGAAGCCACUGCGUCUAUAGACAUGGCCACGGAGAACAUCUUACAGAAAGUUGUGAUGACAGCAUUUGCAGACAGAACUGUGGUUACCAUAGCACACCGUGUACAUACAAUCCUGAAUGCAGACUUGGUUAUAGUUAUGAAGCGAGGAAUCAUUUUGGAAUAUGACAAGCCUGACGUCCUGUUAGAGCAUGAAGACAGUGUCUUUGCUUCUUUUGUCCAAGCAGAUAAAUAAGAAGAAAAACACUAUAGAACUCUGAAGUGCAAUUGUACUGCUGUAUUAAUUAGUUUUAUACAAUUGUGUACAUCUGUAAAUAAACUAAUUCUUUAAUAAAAAUUACCAUUAA